AUGUCGUCAAGUACACCCACGCCGCCAGACACGAACGGCGCCAGCUCCCACAAGCGCCCCCGAAGCCCAGGAGCCGAUUCAAACGGCAGAGAAGCGGCCACCGACAACAAUAACAACAAUGUGCCUAAACCGAAGCGCCUGGCGUGCAUGAUCUGCCGGAAGCGCAAGUUGAAGUGCGAUGGAGUUAGACCCAGUUGCAGUACCUGCGCCAGGCUUGGCCAUUCUUGCGCAUACGACGAAGUCCGCAGGAAAAGUGGUCCGAAGCGAGGAUAUGUCAAGGCUCUCGAGGAACGAUUGAAACAAGUCGAGACUCUUCUCAAGACUCAAGACCCUCCAGUGGCACCUGCCGACCCUUCCAGGAACACGCCUCAAAACCUGGAUGCUACGGCUCCGAACCGCAACCAAAGCGCUCCUGCACCGACGAGCUACAGCAUUCCCAAUCCUUCUUCUCUUGGUAUUGGAGCUGACCACGACGUGGACCAAUGGCGCUUCACCGGCGAAUCUUCGCCUCAGACCCAGAAUGCCGCCGCUCCGCCCAUGGAGGAUUUCAAUUUCAACUCCAACAUGUCGAUGGGCAUGAACAAUGCCGGAGGCAACUUCACCUGGGAGAUGAUUGGGCUCGGCCUUGAGGAGCCUCUUCCACCCCAGGAAACCAUUGAUGAGCUCCAUCAAAUCUAUUUUGAAAAGGUCCACCCGUCAGUGCCUAUGAUCCAUAAAUACAGAUACCUAGCAGCCAUGAACCUGGCCCCGAACCAAAGACCCCCAGUUGCACUGAGGUAUGCUAUAUGGACGCUGGCAUGUUCCAUCACAGAAAAGUAUCUUGAUCUCAAGGACCUCUUCUACCAAAGAGCCCGGAAAUAUGUGGAGGGAGACUACAUUAAGGGUUAUGGCGAGCACAUGAUCUCGGUAGCUCACGCUCAGACGCAUGUGCUCCUAGCCUCCUACGAGUUCAAAAUGAUGUAUUUCCCUCGAGCUUGGAUGAACACCGGGUCAGCCGUGCGUCUUUGUCAAAUGAUGGGCUUACACCGACUUGAUGGAGCUGGUUUGGAUGUCAAGCAAUGCCUUCCGCCGCCAAGAGACUGGACUGAACGCGAGGAGAGGCGACGUACUUUUUGGAUGGCUUUCUGCGAGGACCGUUACGCAAGCAUCGGUACCGGGUGGCCCAUGACUGUCGAUGAGAAGGACAUCAUGACAAACCUGCCUUGUUCAGAAGAGGCGUUCGACAUGAGCCGGCCCGAGCAGACGCAGUCUCUGCAAGACUGCAUGAGCCCUUCUGGGGCGGGCAAGCUCUCUUCCUUUGGCGGCAUUGUGCUGAUGGCAUGUCUCUUCGGCCGAAAUUUGAUUCACCUGCACCGGCCCGAUGUUGACGACCGAGAUCACGACCUCAACGGCGAGUUCUGGAAGCGGCACCGUAACAUGGACAACAUCCUUCUUAACACGUCUCUCUGCCUGCCGUCAUACCUCAAGCUACCCAUUGGCCUGGGCAACCCAAACAUCGUCUUUACCAACAUGAGCAUCCACACGUCGACAAUCUGCCUACACCAAGCUGCUAUCUUCAAGGCCGACAAGAACAGGCUUCCCUCUUCAGUCAGUGCGGAAAGUAAGGUGCGAUGUAUUACGGCGGCCAACGAGAUUGCGAGCAUCAUGAGGAUGAUAUCACAUUUGGACCUUUCAGCAAUGAAUCCGUUCAUAUCGUUUUGCUUGUACGUGGCGGCAAGGGUCUUCGUUCAGUAUCUCAAAAGCCGCCCCGAAGACAGUCAAACAGCCGACUCGCUCAGAUUUCUCCUCUCUGCCAUGAAUGCGCUCAAGAGACGGAACCCUCUUACCGAGUCUUUCCUUGUCCAGCUGGAUGUGGAUUUGGAAGCUCUUGCGAUAAGGAUACCAAAACUAAAGACGGCAUUCCCGCGAAGCGGUGAAAGCCCGGGUUUGAAGACAGGUGGAAGCAACGGCCCCGUUUGCGACGACCCCGAGGGUGUACAAGGCAUCAUGUCAUACCGCAACGAAUGUCACUUCAUGAAGACUGUGGAGGAUGACGGCAACCUCGCCACGGCCCCAAACAUAGUUGAGCCCGAGCAAACCAGCGACGCCGCUCCGAACUCUGCAUCAACUGGCUUCGGCGGCCAAGGUUGGCUUUCGGCGGAACAGGGCAUGUCAUACGGCACGAACAACACACAUGGUGUCCCCGUACACGGGAACGCGUUGACACCAAGCUCCGGCUCCAUAUACGACAAAUCUGGCUCAAGCAGCGGGCACCUGACAGGGUUUGGACAGAGCGAAAGCAGCGGCGACAAUAACAUAUCGGGAUCAACAGACGGCGACAACUCGAACCGACCGACACCAAAUUCAAGUUCGUCUGACCAGCGAGCGAACAUGGCGGCAGGAGGUCUCGAAGGACCCGGCCAGAACUCGUUCGACACCAGCCCGGUCACAACGCAACAGAAUACCAACACUCGGGGCAGCACUGACAGAAACGCUAGCUACUUCAACGAUGCAAGUGCGUUCGGUAUUCGGACCGGGCUGACGCCAACUCAGAGAUUCUCCAUGCCCGAAACACCGGGGGCGGAUUUUGGUAUGUCGAACGGCUGGGGUGAGCUGCAAGGGCAGCCUGGCAUGACGCCUGGAGCUGAGGGAGUGUUGCGGUCACUGAUGAACAUGGGCCCGAUGGACGCCAUGGACCUUUCGUCGUGGGAUGCAGCAAACUAG